UUCAUUCAAGAUAAACUCGAGGAAUUGCCAUAAAAUGAUACCUCAAUCCGUGCUCACCUCGCAAACCUGAAAUCAACCUCUGUUCUUGUGAGAUGGAGCUCUCUAUUCACGACUAUGGUUAUGUGAAAAACCUAUCUUCUUCAUUGCAAUAUUCGCCCACCAACUGUUUGACGAAAUUCCUGAACGAACGCCAACACCCUUUCUCAAACCCAUCGUCUUCGCUUAUCACAGCGGCCAAGAAGAAGUCUCCCGUUCCUUCUUCGAAAGGUAUCCAAAAGUCCACCGACAAACACUUGUCUCAUAUUCUGAGGUCAGAGGCUGCCAUCGAAGCAAUUGAGAGAAAAGCCAAUUCCACCUCUGUCAAGCGUAACCGCUUUUCUCCUAAACUUCUUUUGGAAGCUUUGGACAACGCUAUCAGCCAUAGACGCUGGGAAUCUGCUCUUAAGAUAUUCGAUCUUCUUCGUAAUCAACACUGGUAUGAACCAAGAUGCCAAACGUACACAAAGCUACUAGUAAUGCUCGCGAAAUGCAAGCAACCCAUGAAAGCAAGCUAUCUUAUCGAGGUCAUGUUGCAGGAUGGGCUCAAACCCACCAUUGACGUUUACACAGCCCUCGUUAGUGCUUAUGGCUACUCUGGUCUCCUUGAAAAAGCCCUAGAAAUCAUCGAUGAUAUGAAAUUAAUCCUCGAUUGCAAACCCGAUGUUUACACCUACUCAAUCUUAAUCAACUCUUGCACUAAACAUCGCAGAUUUGAUAUGAUUGAACAUAUUCUUGCUGACAUGUCAUAUUUAGGAAUCAAAUGCAGCAUUGUCACAUAUAACACCAUAAUUGAUGGAUAUGGAAAGGCUGGAUUGUUUAAAGAAAUGGAGAAUAUGUUAACAGAGAUGCUUGAAGAAGAUGAAACUUGUCUUCCAGAUUCUUUCACAUGUAAUUCAGUUCUUGAUGCGUAUGGAAAUUCAGGGAUGAUUUCAGAAAUGGAAAAAUGGUUUGAUGAAUUCCAACUAAUGGGGAUAAAACCAAAUGUGAUGACAUUUAAUAUUUUGAUUAAAUCAUAUGGGAAAGCAAAGAUGUAUGACAAAAUGGGGUAUGUAAUCGACUAUAUGACAAAAAGAUUUAUUCCUCCAACUACAAUUACAUUCAAUAUAAUUAUCGAUACAUUCAAAAGGAUUGGAGAUAUUGAGAAAAUGGAAGAGUUUUUUAUAAAAAUGAAGCAUGUAGGAAUGAAGCCUAAUGCAGUUACUUAUUGUUCACUUGUGAGUGCUUAUGGGAAAGCCAGACUUUUGCAUAAGAUUGAUUCGAUUAUGAGGCAAAUUGAAAAUUCUGAUGUGAUUCUUGAUACGACUUUUUUUAAUAGUGUUAUUAGUGUUUAUGGACAUGUGGGUGAUGUGAAAAAAAUGAAUGAAAUAUUUUUGGCUAUGAAGGAUAAAGAUUGUGAACCUGAUAGUAUCACUUUUGCUACCAUGAUACAUGCUUAUAAAACCAUGGGAAUGAUGGAAGCUGCUCAAGAUUUGGAGAAAAAAAUCAUUAAGGUUGAAUAUAAUUUAGAUUCAAGGACAAGGUUGAUUGAGGGGUAGAAUGGUCAAUUCUAAUAUGGAUGAGAUGCGGUCAAAUAUGCAAGGCAUGAUAAAAUCAUGUCCGAUUGAUGCAUUGCAAACUAACAUAUCAUGUAUAUGCCUUUCAAGUGCUUACAGAUUGAGUUCAAUGUUGAAUUGGAAGUUGUUGACCAGUUGUUGACCAUGGAGGGAGUUGCAAGAAAGAGGGAAGACCAUUGUUUUGAGGGAUAUCUUGGAUUAUACAAGAGAUUUCUAAAGUUAGAAAGCACGAUUCUUAGGGGGGCCU